AUGAUGCACAGUCAUGUGCUCACAGUCCUUAUUCUUCCGCUAUGUGCUUCUGCACUCCACAUCUGGCCCCGUCAGUCUAGCAACUGUCCAGCAGUAUGGAAAGACAUUGCCGAACGCCUCAAAUCUGACUUUGCGGGCUGCAACCCACUAUCCCAUGCCGCCAUACGCGCCCCAUUUCACGACUGCAUUAACAAUGGCUGUGACGGCUCCCUCAUCCUCACUUCCGAAUGCACACGCUCCGAAAACGCCGGCCUCCCCCAACUCUGCACCCACCUCUUAAGCCUCACGAAUGAAUUCUCCGUCUCGGCCGCAGACACCGUCCAGUUUGCCGCCGCAAUCGCCAUAUCCUCAUGCCCGCUUGGACCGCGCGUCCGCGCCCUCGUAGGUCGUCGCUCCAGCGAUUCUGCCGCGGCCGAGGGCCAGAUACCCGGGAGCCGGGAUGCGGUUGAAGAUAUACUGGGGGCGUUUAGGGCAAAAGGGAUAAGUGCUGGGGAGCUGGUCGCUUUGCUGGGGACACACUCUGUGGCACAGCAGCGUUUUGAUGAUCCGAGUCAGGCGGGGCAACCGCUGGAUAGUACGCCAUGGGUUUAUGACAGUGUUUUCUAUAAGGAGACGAGGAGUGGUCAGGCGCCCUAUUCGCUGAGUAGUGACAGGAGGCUGAGUAAUUACAGUGAGACGUCAGAGGCUUGGUCCACAUUCGCUGAUAGUAUCUCAUCCUGGGCUGCUGUCUUCGUCCCCGCGUGGAAUAAAUUCAGUGUUAUUGGUAACGAUGUGGGGAGUUUGCAGGACUGUUCCUAUCUGGUACCGCAGGGUCAGGUAUUCAUAGGGCUUACUCGUCAAGAUAUUGUUGCACAUGCUCAUCAUUGCCACAGUGAAAUUGGCCUUAUCGCACCCACUCCGCUCUUCUACGUGAAGACUCUGUUAUUUCGUUUUCUUCGCGGUGGUGUUGCCUCUAAUGCAGAAUCCGGUAAUUAUUAUGUCGGAAUCUAUAAUGCCUUGGUUCCCGAGUCGGGAUUGCCCCGCUCUCUGGGUUCCGACAUGUAUGGCACUGGUCACAUACAUGGACUAGGGCUGAUGCAGUUAUGUAGAUCGGAAUCUGAUCAGUUAUGA